UCUCUUCCUGCAACAGAAAGACAGUGAAAUUUCUGAAAAUAAAGAAAGACUCAAAUCAACCCUUAACCAUAAAAGAGAUACCGAACGAAAGCGAAAGGGUUCGACGUCCCUAUUCUCCUUUUCCUCCUCCACUGGUACCUGGUUGAAAUAACUGGUACCGCUGCCACCUGCAGCCAGAAUCCGUACAAAAGCCUCUAAAAAGAGUCUCCAGUCUGUCCAUUCUCGAAAAAAAAACCCUGCAAACGAAGAGGAAGGGUAAACGAGCAAGGGGAAUUCCCAUUCCAUGGUACACUGCACCGAAAGCAUCAGCAUAUUAUCAUGACCAUGUUCGGCCUGCUUUUGACAUAUCUAUUACGCAUUUCCGAAUAGAGGAGACUUCGAAUUCUAUGCCCUGUUCCUAUCCUUCUCCCGCUGUCUGCUCGUCUUCUUCCUUCCCUGGAUGACAGAAGGGCCGAUGGGAAGAGAAAGCAGAGGGCGGAAGUAGAGAAAGGGGCUGGAAACUGUGAGAGAGGAGGGUAAGAGGGUCCCACACAGUGGGUGGAGAUCGGUGGUGCAGACGUAGAGGUCCAAUUAAUCAGCCAGGGCGUGAAACGAGAGGGGGAGGGGAAGGGAGAACGGGGGUGGUUUGGUGUUGGAGGAUGGUCGAAGGGGGUGGCUACGGGUUGUCGCAGGGAUUGCGGUGACAGAUCCGCCGUAUCUAUCCCUAUCUGCUCGGGGCAUUAAAUUCGCGCGAUGCCAGUACCGGUGCCGUCACCGGCCUCGGAUCCUCUUGAAUCGGUUAACAUUCCGCUGUACGCGUUGCUUCAGCUUUCAAUUAAACGCUCGUCCACGCGUUUCGCCCACGCGUUUUAUCUCGGUUUAAGGAUGUUGGUCGCUUUGCGGCACCGAUCACGAAAAAGACACCGAAACAACGAAAUCACGAUACCGUGUUUCUAAUAUUUUUCAAAAUCACUCCCCAAAUUAAUUAAUUCGUAAUCACCGAAAGCAAUCUAAAAUUCCUAUUAAUGUGUCUCGAAACUAAAACCCUAUCUGGGACAUACAUCCUGUAACGGGAGGACACUAUUCCUGGAAGGUAACGAACGAAAUAGGAUUCGGUUCCGUUAAUGAACACCGUGCUUGCUAAGUGAUUAUUUCCGAUAAAAGUUGAAAUGAACUUUCCUGGCAGCGUCGCAACGAUGCUGCUCUGUUGGCUCGUUUAAUGAAAAAAAAAUCAGGAAAACUAGGACGAGCUUGUACGGCUGCUUUGUUGCAGCAUUUCCCGGAAUCGUUCCACCGUUUGAUAACAGUUGCCGAUGUGCCCUGCGGCCAAGGAAGAUUCGCUACACGCACGGCAAGGCUGGUCGGAGGACAAAACGCGAUACCGCACGAAUUUCCUUGGAUGGUGAGCAUCAGCAGAAAAGGAGGACACUUCUGCGGUGGUACCAUUCUUAAUUCAAGAUUCGUCCUGACUGCAGCGCAUUGCUUGUGUUCAAUCUUCAACGUUCUAUGUCGCGUUGAUUCUGAUACUUCUAUUGACGGAAAAGUUGAAUAUACUUUUCGAAUUUCUAUUUUUCUUAUUACCACCCAACUAAUCAUAGAGACGAGAAAUAAAGAAAUUUCUUUCGUUCGAUUCAGAGCAAGAUCGAUGGUACCUGCCGGUCAAUUGCGAGUGAGCCUGGGCGAGUAUAAUCUGAAGGAACCGGAAGUGCCGGCGUCUAAAGAAGAGAGAGUAGCCAGCAUUAUCCUGCAUCCGGACCACAAAUGUGGAAAAUACGUGGACGAUAUUGCCCUUCUAGAGCUGGCAAGGCCAAUCAGUUGGUCGGAGAGCGUGAAACCCGCCUGUUUACCUGUGGCCACAGGGAAACCAGGGUACAGCGCCUUCGGCGGUGAAUUUGCUAAGGCCGCUGGAUGGGGGUGGUACGGGGAAGAUAGAUCUAAAUAUAGAUACGAAUCGAUUAAUCAAAGAACGUUUCCCUGUCUUCCAGAUAAACGAGCGGACGUGUUGCAAAAAGUGGACGUUCGCGUGAUCGAAAACAACGUUUGUCGCGAGUGGUAUGCCAGCCAGGGCAAGUCGACUCGCGUGGGAGAGAAGCAAAUGUGCGCUGGCCACGAAGAAGGCGGUCGAGACGCUUGUUGGGCUGACAGUGGCGGACCAUUGAUGAUCGAAGGUCUAUCGGGGAAUAAGAUGAUGGUCGUAGGAAUUGUCUCUUCCGGGGUGGGAUGUGGCCGACCACGACUUCCUGGUCUUUACACACGAGUCUCGGAAUAUAUACCUUGGAUCUCCCAACAUGUACUUCCGAUUCGGUGAAGAAGAAUUAAAGACUUAUUUCGUGGAGAAUCAUCUUAACAAGGGCUUGGGGAUCGCAUGUAUUUAUAAGACAAUUCGUGAGACACUAGGACAGAGAAGAAAAGAAUGAGAAACUUAAUUUAUGUAAUGCAAUUAACAUCGGUAACCCACUAACAGUGAUGCAAAAUGUGAUAAAACAAUUCCUAUUAAAGACUACAAAAGAUCGUUAUAAUUAAAUGUAAGUACUUUGUGAAAUAUGUUUUCCUAUCUAGUCAUGUUAUUGUAUAAUUGUUGUAUGGUAAAAUUACAACAAAUACUUUGAGAAGAUGAUAGUGUAUUAUAUUGUAAAUGAAUGU